CCCAGGUGCUGGAGAUGCCAGGCUUGGUGUGCUCAGACACCCAGACGCAUAGGUCUCAGGGCCCUCGUAUGGACCCUGCCCCUCCCGUUGUCCAGGGCUUCUACCCACCCUACUUCUCUAGGCUUCAGGUCCCUCCUUAGCCUGGGAUCUGCACAGCACCAAGGAACCUGGAAGUCAGAUUUGGAGACAUUCAGCAAUUCCACUCAGCUCCAGCCUUGACUCAUCCCGGGUCCAGCACCAGCCUUAUAAUGACGAAGGAGUAUCAAGAUCUCCAGCACCUGGACAAUGAGGAGAAGGACCAUCACCAGCUCCGAAGAGGGCCACCUCCUUCCAAGUCCCUCUGCCAGCGUCUCUGCUCCGGACCCUGUCUCCUCUUGCUCUCCCUGAGCCUCACCGUCCUGCUGCUGGUGGUUAUCUGUGUGAUCGGAUCUCAAAACUCCCAGCUGCAGGGGGAGCUGCAGGCCCUGAGAGAGACCUUCCACAACUUCACAGCGAGCACCGAGGCCGAGGUCAAGGCCCUGAGCACCCAGGGAGGCAAUGUGGGAAGGAAGAUGAGGUUGCUGGAGUCCCAGCUGGAAAAACAGCAGCAGGACCUGAGUGAAGAUCACUCCAACCUGCUAUUCCAUGUGAAGCAGUUUGUGUCCAGUCUUCGAAGCUUGAGCUGUCAGAUGGCUGUCCUCCAGGGCAAUGGCUCCGAAAAGAUCUGCUGCCCUGUUAACUGGGUGGAGUUCCAAGGCAGCUGCUACUGGUUCUCUAAAUCCGGGAAGCCCUGGCCCGAAGCUGACAAGUACUGCCAGCUGGAGAAUGCCCACCUGGUGGUGGUCACUUCUUGGGAUGAGCAGAGGUUUAUCCAGCACAACACGGGCCCUGUGCAGACCUGGAUGGGUCUAACAGACCAAAAUGGACCCUGGAAAUGGGUGGACGGGACUGACUACGAGACAGGCUUCAAGAACUGGAGACCACUGCAGCCGGAUGACUGGUAUGGGCAUGGACUAGGAGGAGGGGAGGACUGUGCCCACUUCACCCCUGACGGUCGCUGGAAUGAUGACGUGUGCCAGAGGCCCUACCGCUGGGUCUGUGAGACAGAGCUGAACAAGACCAGCACUCAGCCUCCUUCACCCUAAUUUAUUUGCUCAAUGCCCUGAACUGCCAAGGUCUGGUACUGGGAAUCCUCCUGUCUGGAGAUGUCCACAUGCUUGGGGAGGGAGACGGCUGGAGGCUGAGAAGUGUAUGAUGGGUGAGGUUUGGAGGGACGGAGGGAGGGAAACCAAUGACGCUGUGUACACUGUGAAGCUCAUUACUGUCAGCUUUUUUUUU